GGGUUAAGAUCCAACGCGGUUUGUAGAUAUUUCUCAUACCCUUUUAAGACCCAACGCCUCCACCAAAAACUCGGUCUCAAUUCCCAACACCCCACAGAAAGAACACCAAACGUAGAGGAGAGAAGCUGAAAGAAAUACUAGGAGAUCAGAGUAAACUAGAGAUUAUGAAGCUGGUUUGGACCCCAGAUACAGCUUUGAAAGCUUAUGUUUGUACUGUCAAAACAUGUGAGGAUUUUAAGGAAUCGAGUGUAGCAGAACUUCUCUCGGCCAUGGCUGCCGGUUGGAACGCAAAGCUAAUAGUUGAAUCCUGGUCCAAGGCUGGCCCGAUAGCGACGAGCAUCGGCCUAGCCGUGGCGGCUAAGCAUACGUGUGGAAGACAUGUGUGUGUGGUCCCAGAUGAAGGGUCAAGAUCGGAGUAUGUAAAGGCCAUGCAUGGCGCCGGCAUGAGGGAGACAGAGGUGCUGGUAGGAGAAGCAGAAGAGGUGAUGGCAGGGCUUGUGGGGGUGGAUUUUCUGGUGGCGGAUUGUAGGCGGAGGGAUUUUGUUAGGGUCUUAAGGUUUGCUAAGUUGAGCCAUAAAGGUGCCGUGUUGGCGUGCAAGAAUGCCUUUCAACAGUCUGUUUCUGGGUUUAAAUGGCAUGGGGUGCUUGAGAGAGGGACACGUGUUGUUAAAACUGCGUAUUUGCCUGUUGGGCAAGGAUUGGAUAUGGCUCAUAUAGGGAGUAAUGGUGGGGAUAAGCGUUCAAGAGGUGGUCCUAGCCGUUGGAUUAAGCAUAUCGAUCGAAAAUCAGGUGAGGAACAUGUAUUUCGUGAAUAAAAUCUUUAUGUAAUUACGGGAAACACAAAGGUAGUGACGAGAGUAUAUAGAGUAAAUGAGUAUGUAUGUACUAAAAUAAAAUAUAGUUGUACUUAAUUUAAUUAUAAUGUCUUAGAGCUUUUUUGGAUGGAAAA